UGUCAUUUUCAUUCAUUUCUCAACAUGGCCGUCAGUGCUUUAUCUAAAUACAAGUUGUAAGAUUCGUGCGUGAGUUUAGGAGUGUUUCAUUGAUUAUAAUAUAAUUUUAAUGACUUAAUUGAUAAAGUGUUGCGGCAUGUUUCCUCUAACGCCGCCAGUUGUGAAGCGACUGUUAGGGUGGAAAAAGGGCCCUGAAGGGUCGUCUGUUGCUGAAGAUAAGUGGUCUGAGAAGGCAGUCAAGAGCUUAGUAAAGAAAUUGAAGAAAAGUGGAGCCCUAGAGGAACUGGAAAAAGCAAUUUCCAGCCAAAAUAGUCAUACUAAAUGUGUUACAAUACCCAGAGUGAAGCCAAAUGAAAACAUUAUAAACGGGCAGAACCGCAAGGGUUUGCCGCAUGUUGUCUACUGUCGGCUGUGGCGGUGGCCGCAGCUCCAGAGCCAGCAUGAACUAAAGCCCGUGGACCACUGCGAGUUUGCGUACCAGCUGAAGAAAGACGAAGUGUGCAUCAACCCUUACCACUAUCAUAAGAUCGAUUCACCUGCGCUGCCGCCCAUCCUCGUGCCGCGCUGCGAGGCGGAGGCGCGCGCGCCGCCGCCGCCGCCCUACUCGCACUACAUCCGCGAGCCCGAGCCGGAGAUGCAAACGGGCGGUGUGGUGGGCGUCGGCGCGCUGACCCACAGCGCCAUGUACCUCGAGGCCACGCUGGGCCAGCAGGUGCCCUCCAACACCACUGUGCACGUGAGCGCGGCCACCGUGGAGACUCCGCCGCCGGGCUACAUGAGCGAGGACAACGACCCGAUGGAUCACAACGACAACAUGAACUUGGCGCCUCUCACGCCGCCUCCCGGCGGCCCCGAGGCGGCCCCCGUGCUCUACCACGAGCCCGCAUUCUGGUGCAGCAUCUCCUACUACGAGCUCAACACCCGCGUCGGCGAGACAUUCCACGCCAGCCAGCCCUCCAUCACAGUGGACGGGUUCACCGACCCCAGCAACAGUGAGAGGUUCUGCCUGGGGCUCCUCUCCAACGUGAACCGCAACGAGGUGGUGGAGCAGACCCGGCGGCACAUCGGCAAGGGCGUGCGCCUCUAUUACAUUGGCGGUGAGGUGUUCGCGGAGUGUCUGAGCGACUCCUCGAUCUUCGUGCAGAGCCCCAACUGCAACCAGCGCUACGGCUGGCAUCCCGCCACCGUCUGCAAGAUCCCCCCUGGCUGCAACCUGAAGAUCUUCAACAACCAAGAGUUCGCCGCGCUGCUGUCCGCGUCGGUGCCGCAGGGCUUCGAGGCCGUGUUCCAGCUGACGCGCAUGUGCACCAUUCGGAUGAGCUUCGUCAAGGGCUGGGGCGCCGAGUACAGACGGCAGACGGUGACAUCGACGCCAUGUUGGAUCGAGCUGCAUCUGAACGGGCCGCUGCAGUGGCUAGACCGCGUGCUCACACAGAUGGGCUCCCCGCGCCUCCCCUGCUCGUCCAUGUCCUAGAGUCUCACACUACAUAGGAAGCACCGAAAUAAAUAAACGUAAGCGUAGCUCAAACCUAAUUCAAAUACCUCUGUCAUGAGUCUUAGUAACUAAAGUAAGGACAUUGCUACACUUUUAUAAUACAGAUGUAGUGCAUAAUCGUUUUCCAUCGUAUUUUCACGGAAACGUACGAACGUGUCUUGCUAUUUCAGUCAGUCUCGGUGCAAAAAGUACUGAGGUUGACUGAAGUACGAACGUUUCCUAGAAAAUAAGAUGGACGAGCAAUUAUGCACUACCCCCUUUAUUCAUAAACGUUUACUAAAGUUGACAAGCCGAUAAUAAUCAUUUGUCCCUUUCCAUCAUACCAAUACGUCGGAAAGGGAUAAACGAUUAUUAUAGGCUUGUCAACUUUAGUAAACGUUUAUGAAUAAGGGGGUUAAUCUGUAACUCUGUGUUAUGUUAGGACACAGACUAUGACUACAAUUAUAUCCUAAAAGCAAGUGUUCUAUAGAAAUUACAAUAAUAACACCAUGUCCGAACGGGAUGGUCUUAUGGAACUUUCAAUUGGAAGAGAAGAGAAAGUGCUAUUACUAUUUGUCCUUGCCAUAAAAAGUCCUAACUGCCAUGCCAAAACGGUGAUCGUUUUGUUGCCCACCAAAACUUGGUGCGCAAGAAUGAAUCCGACUAAAUUUAAUUACGUAGGGGGUUUUUGUCAUGUUAGCCUUGUUAAAACGUAUUUUUAAUUUCCCCGCAUUGCGUAUACCCCUCACAGGCACGCUUAGUGCUAACUCUAUAUUACAAUUGCUUUUAGGUUAAAUCCUAUAUUUUAAUUAAACUAGAUGGUUUGCCUGCGAAGAACCCGGCUUGCGAGUCCAUUUCUAAGGCCCCGUGCUCAAAACGGAGCCUUGAUAUAUUGUAUAAACCACACCACUAUAUCGUGUAUGUACACAAUAAUGUAUAUGGGCCCCUAUAUCGGUUCCCUACCUUUAGAUGGUAUAUUUUUACACCGCAUAUUACUAGUACACUAGCGAGCAAAAUAAGGUUUUUCUCACUUAUUUGAUUCACUCGUUCGUUUUGCAACCGGCUCCUGGUCUAUAUUAUGUGAUAUUGUUAAGUUUAAUGUUGAAGUUAAAUUGAACGUGAUACACUUUUUAUACAUAGUUUUAGAUGUUAUUAUGCUCGCUAGUCUAUUAACAGUGUAUACUUUCUAGUCUAACGAACAAUGAUACAAAGUUAUUUUGUACAUUUAUUAUAAUUAUAGACAUGAAAUUGUGAAUUUUUUAAUAGCUUACACGCUCCCCUUUUUUUACUGGUUUUUGACGUAGAAUUAUAGACAUAUAUCUGUUAUGUUAAGAUUUUUAAGUAUUGACACAUUUUUUUAACAGUUUUGACCGGUUAAAAUUAUCGAUCGAUUAUUAAAAAUCGCCAACGAGCUCAAAGCUUUCUUCAAAAUAAAAAAAUAUGAUUAAGAGAACAUCAGAUGUUUGAAAUUCUUCCGUAAUCUUGAAUCCUUUUCCAGGCCGCACCAAUCUACAUGAUUUCCCAAAAAAAAUUUUCACCUCAGCAGCUCGAACAAGGGUACUUUGCUUCUUAAAAACAGUGAGCAAAAUGCGAUUUUGCUCACUGAGUCAUUUUGUCUCACUCAGUGAGCAAAAUCGCAUUUUGCUCACUGAGUGAGACAAAAUGUCAUUCAAGUGACCUUUAUAGUCAAAUGUCAUUUCAACAUGCGGGGUCUAAUACAAGUUCGAUAUACUUGGGUUCUAUUAUCUCUGUCCCUCUAGGUAUGUUCUCACUACUUAGGGUGAAAAAUUUUGUGUACUACACGAGAUCAAAGUUAUUUACAUCUCGUGCGCUUUUGAAUCCCUUACUACGCUCAAGAUUCUAAAUUAGAUUAUUAUAGAAUCUUUCGCUUGCACGGGACUCAAAAUAAGCCCUCGAAGAAAUAUUAAACUUUGAUCUCUUGAUGUACAAAUAACUAAAACAUAUUCCAACUGAACAAUUUGAUGAUUUAUUUGAAGACAAGUCACUUUUCUCGUAAGUGCAAACUAAGUUGAACCAGGGGUGCGAAACUCCUGACUUCGUGCAAACUCGGCUCCGUUCGGCUCAGCAUUGCUCCGAGCAAUUAUUAGGGUUGACAUAACUUGACGUCCCUUUGCGAGCACGACCACAGAUAAGAUAAUGGCUUGAAUUUUGACAACCCUAAAUAGCCGAAAGGGAUAGUGCCAUAUAUUAGAAAGGGACAGCAUGAUUCAACCCUGAACCGCUGUCAAACUUCGGUUUUGUAGGAAGUUUCCUUUCUGUACGGCAGUACGGGGCAGCAGCGUCCCUCAAAUUCGGUGUACUCGACUGUGAUCGCCAGCCCGCCUGCCAAGCGUGGCGAUUAUGGCAUUCACCCCCCAUAAGGGGGAGGCCUAUGUUCAGCAGUGGAGGUCUUAUGGCUGAGAUGAUGAUGAUGACGAUGACGGCAGUACUAUUAUUUGUUCUGUGGUUGAACCUUAAAUCAGAAUGCUAAAGUUGAUAUUCUAUUGGCGCGUAUGUGGUCGAUAAAUCGUACUAUGCCUGGUAAAGGAUUAAAGGUUACAUGUUUUGUAUAACAUACAGAGUAGAAAUAUGAAAUUCGAGAGGAAAUAUACGUAUAUGUAAGUAAGAGUAAAGUUAUGAGAAAAUUAUUUUAUUAUCUGGUGUUUUUUUUGCCGAAUCAUGUUUUGACUCGAUGUUUUUUUUAAAUCUGGUUGACAAGGGAUUGACAAGUUUGUAUGUUCGUAAUGUUAGUUUUCUAAAAUAUACAAUUAUGCUGCCAGAAAUCCGACUGACUCUUUGUCUAACUCCAUUGUAAUAGGAAUAAAUGCAUAUUUAAUAAAAAUAUAAUUUACAGUACAUAUGGUCCUAUUUUCCCGCACUAGUGCGUAAAAUAGCACUUUGACAUACAAAACUUUAAAGGGCUAUAUGUACUGUAGAACGUUGAACGUUUCCUCUUUUCCGCACUUGUAUCGUAAAUAAAUAUUCUGUUGCAAAUAAAACGAUAUAUAUCGUCACUAAUUAGAAAAAUAUCGUUUCUCGCACUGCUAUUCAAAGUUAAAACGCAGUAACUCUGUAUGAAUCCCAUACAUAGUUACUAUAUUUUUCUUUUGAUUGACAGAACAAGAUACGAGGUUUUUCAAAGUAGUCAUGUAUUAUUUAAAAAAAUACAAGUCGAACUGAUAACUAAAUCUAGAUAAGGGACUCCCCCUUGGUUGCACCAGGUUUUUAGUAUUUAUUUCUAUAAAAUCUGACUUCCAAUAUUAGUUUUGUCAGCCGUGACAGUUAUCUAACGACAUUGACAAUUAGUGAGUCGGAUGCUGGCCUAUAUUAUAAGGAGAGUAAUCGAAAGGUGAACCCGACCCAAUAAGUUGUUAAGUUAUUGUUAAAACGCCAUUAUAAUCAUGCAUUUAUGAUUUCACCAUGAUCUUAUUUAUAUUUGUGUCCGUCUAUAGUGAAUGUGACGUUUUCAACUAAAUGCAGGCGUGGCUCUCUCCGCGAUAUCGUCGCGUCGCUACAAGUACAUGCGGCCCACACUAAUUUUGGUGUCUAGCAGUAAUGGUUGCCGCGCACCGCUACGGAACGGACGCCUGCUCGCGCUUGCGCCACCCUGUGAUCAUAUUUGUCGUAAUAGACGCGUUUUGUUAGAGUGAACCUUCUGUACCCAGUACUAUUAUUUAUUCAAAAAAGGUACCAAUUGUCGAUUGUCGAUAAGGUUCAUUUCCAAUUGAAGCUUUAUGGUAAUCGCGUCUUAUUGAAAACAAGUGCCCUUUUGGUUGUAAACGGCACAAAUGCUCUUUGCGAAAAAUGCUUGUACAGUCGCCAUCAGAUAUAUCGGAGCGGCCAAGGUGCUCACAAAUAUCUGAGCACGCCUCUAUUGUCAAGGCGUUAGAGUGCGUGCUCAGAUAUUGUGAACACCUUGGCCGCUCCGAUAUAUCUGAUGGCGACUGUACCAAUUUUUAAUUUUGCGUUUUUUUCUACUGAUGAAGAUGGUUUGCCAGAGUAUACGAGUACGAGUAUAAACAAAACAUAACUGGCGCAGGGCUCGGAACCGGUAUUGAAAUACCUGUUAAUAUCGUUCCAAAACCGUUAUAUAUUAUUUCGUUCAUCAAAAAACCGGUUAAUUGAUGGAACGCGAACUAACAAAUUACGUUCUCUCUCCUAAUCGGUAAGAAGAGGGAACGGAACUAUAUGGUUCGCAGGGAAUGAUAUAAUACCGGUUACUCUUGGCUUUCGGAGACUCUCGGUUAAACUCGUUGUCAUACGUGAAAGAGAUAGCAAUACUAUCUCACUUCGAUAUUUUCAAUUUAACUGGUUAAUUUCGUUCCUCAAGAACGAAAUGAGAACGUAUAUGGCAUAAACCGUUAUCUCCAAAGAACAGUUCUUUAACCGGUAACCGCAAACGGUAACGAAAUCCUUUUCGUUCCCGGGCGAAUGAACGAAACCGGUUUGACUAAUGAGAACGGUUUCCGAGCCCUGCACUGGCGUACAAAAAGAAAGGGUUCACAUAAUAAUUUUAUCAUUUUUAUCAAUAUUAAGAGUAAUAGGUAUAUUAUAAUAUAUUUGAAAAAGAGCUUCAAUAACGUAGUUAUGUUAGACUUUAUGGACGGACACAUAAUAUUAUGCUUGCAUAAGUUACAUAUACAUAUAUGAAUUAAGUUUGUUAAGGAAAAAUGUUUUUUUCAUCGCUUAAUAGACUUUAUAAUACCUACUUUAUAUUGGAAAGUAGUUUUUUUUACGUUUGCGCAUAUUUUAACCGAUGACAUAAGUUUUUACCAAGUCAAUCUAUAACCGUGUUAUAUUUGAAUUAUUUUUGAAAAGGUAUUUGAUAUUGUAAAUAUUUUUGUUUUUCCUAAUAUAGACGUACGGAAACAUAAUUAGUUUCGUUGGAGGAAGCAAUGUGGCAGAAUGAGUGAUCUAAAUAAAUAAUUUGGUAUUGA